GAGGUCUUCCUAAAACUGUCUAGUAUCGAACAACGGGCCGUGUCUCCGGAUAUGCCAAGUGAAAUGCAUCUCUCCACAACCCGCCCUGGACAUAAUUGGAUUGGAUUGGAUCUUGCAAUUGCCCCGCCAUAGCUCUGAGGGGUCGAAGCUCAUCAAGAUAGGUAACGUCACUUGAGUUGUUGACUCUGAGAAUACUUAUCAACCUCCUCUUUUCAACAUCUUGGGUCCUUUGCGUGGCAUAUCAACUUCAUCACUACUCCGUAAUCAGCUGUAAUUAUGACUCCUUAUACUGCUAAAUGGGGCAUCUUGGCUACCGGUGGCAUCGCUGAGUGCUUCACUAAAGACAUUCUUACAGACCCGGCCGCUCGCGAUGUCAACGAUGUACAGCAUGAGAUUGUCGCUGUUGCCUCAUCCAGCUCCGUCGAUCGCGCACGCGACUUUAUCAAGAAGAUUGACGGCCCCUCAUCCGCGGCGGUCUACGGCUCCUACGCUGAGCUAGUCGCCGACCCAAGCGUUGACAUCAUCUAUGUUGCUACACCUCACAGCCACCACUUCCAGAAUGCUAUGCUGGCCCUCGAAGCCGGCAAGAAUGUUCUUUGUGAAAAGGCACUCACCGUUACUGCUGCACAGACCCAGAAGCUAUAUGAGGUCGCCAAGUCCAAGAACCUCUUCUUUAUGGAGGCUGUCUGGACACGAUACUUCCCUCUCAGUAUCAAGAUUCGAGAGUUGAUCCAGUCUGGUACCAUUGGUACUGUUUAUCGUACAUUCGCCGACCUCUCGUUCAACAAGAAUACUGAUAGCCAGGAUCUUGACUUUCCUGAUUCCAACCGCAUGGUCAAUCCUGAUCUUGCAGGUGGUGCUUUACUCGAUCUCGGCAUCUACUCCUUGACCUGGGUCUUCCAAUCUCUCUAUCAUGUCCAGCCCGAGACCGAAAAGGAGGCUCCAAAGGUUGUAGCCUCCAUCAACAAGUAUCGCACAGGUGCCGACGAGUCCACGAGUAUCAUCUGUCAGUUCCCUAAGCACAACUCUGUUGGUAUUGCGACUACCUCACUGCGCAUCGCCACCGACGUCGAUGGUCUUUACACUGGUGGCCCCGCGAUCCGUAUUCAGGGCUCCAAGGGUGAAAUCCAGGUUACUGGUCCUGCAUUCCGGCCGACCGAGUACAAAGUGAUCAAGUCGGACGCCAAUGGCAAGGUGGAAGUAGUGAACUGCCCAAUUCCUACAGAUCCUAAGCGCAACAACUGGGGCCACGGUAUGUUCUGGGAGGCGGAUGAGUGUGCACGUUGCCUACGGGAUGGUAAAAAGGAGAGUGCUUCGAUGCCUUGGUCAGAGAGUAUAGUCAUCAUGGAGGUCAUGGACAGCGCACUCAAGCAGGGCGGCGUUUCCUACCCCGAUCUCAUCACCACUGAUGUCUUCGACCCCAACAGUCCUCUCAAUACUGGCAAAAAAUGAAAAUACGACGUGUGAUGUUGGGCACGAUACUAGAAUUAAUGAUGAAAUAAAAGCUCGAGGAUAUGCAGGGAUUUUCACAGCAUUGAACUGUACCACGCACCUGCGUCAAUGCAUCGAGUGACAUGUGAACUCUCACCACUUGCAUA